AUGGCUGUCGUCGGAAUUGCAACACAGCCAUGGCAGAUUCUAGCUACGGCUAACAAGUUCCUAGCGGUUAUAAGUGGCUUCGGGGUCUUUUUGGCACCAGCAACAGGGAUAAUGCUUGCCGACUACCACAUUGUCCGAAGACGCCGGCUAAAGCUCAACGAUCUAUACGUCGGAAAUGAUACUUCCAUAUAUUGGUUCAAUGACGGAUUCAACUGGCGAGCCCCUAUGGCCUUCAUCGCCGGCAUGUGGCCACUUAUCCCUGGCUUGAUUGGCACUGUCAACGGGUAUACUUCCCCAAGCUUUACCCACUGGAUCCGUCUCUAUAACUUGACUUUCCUCGUCGGCCUAGCCAUUGGCUGUUUCAUCUUCUGGCUUCUCAACUACUUGUUCCCAGUUCCGGGAAUAGGACAAGACACUCCAUUUCUUGAUGAGACCGUCAGUACAACUUCUGACGCUCCCAGCGCGCCAGAGCAUCAGAUCAAGGGGAGGCAGGGAUCAGUAGUCAAGGCCAUCUCAACGUCCCGAUCCAAGGGUGAGCCGUAA